GAUUCGUUUCCUAAGUUACUAAGUGCUUUCAGUUUCGACAAAAUAUUUUUUUACAAAAAGUAAAUAGUGUAGUGUAGAUGUAACAUACAAAAUCAAAAUAAAUGUACGUUUAAAAAUAAUGGAAAGUAUAAAAGAUGACGCGAUACAUAACACUGCUAUGAAACUAGCAGAGGAAUUAAAAAAUCUUUCUAUAUAUAAAUCGAUUUAUAGUGAUGUUCAGAAAUUAGUUUCCUCACCAAAUGUAAACAAAGAAGAUUUUAAACAAAGUUUACAACAGGCUAUGAAAGAAAAGGGCUUAGACACAAAGCUAAGGAACACCGUCUUUCAUUGGGUUAGAACACAGGGUAAACAAAGUAAGUUAGAUCCGUUAACGUCGUUGUCAAAAGCAAGUCUGCAAUGGGAGAAACGAAUACACAAGUCGCUUAAUUCAAUGUGUUCAGAUCUUGAGACAUCACUAGCAAAAAUACGAUCUCAGAGCGAACAAGAAGAACUUACGGAGAAAUGGAAUGAACUUAGCACUUACAGUUUAGAUUUAUCAAAAUAUAGACCAGUUUACGCGCCAAAAGACUUUUUAGACGUUUUACUGACUUUAUCAGGUUACGUUCCGUUUACAAGAGAAGACGAACCGAAAUGGGAAUUCUCACAUCUACCUCUACAAGUAAAAAAUUUGGAGCAAUUGAGAAAAAUCUACGUGGAGUGGUGUAAUGGUGAACCGUUACUGGGAGUGAAUCCUAAUAUGCCCAGCACUGUGCCCGGUUUCGCCACUCUAGAGGCCGAACGCAUCGGUCUAGGAGAGAGAGUCUCUGCUCUGGGAUACGCUCCUGUCAUACAGGAGUUCCUGAAGAAGGGAAGCCCACAGUGUUUGCGAGCGAGACUCUGGUCUCAGGUUUUGGGGGCGGAAGUUAAACAGCAGCAAAUAGCGUACUUCAAUCAGUUACAGAAGAGCGUUUUGGAAGUCGACUUGAUGAUCGACAAGCUUAUAUUUAAGGAUGUUCAAUUAACCGCCUCGAAUGAUGACCAGUACUUCGUGUUCGAAGACUUACUUUAUCAGGUGAUGUUGUGUUUCUCUCGCGACGGGGAGGUGUUGUCCCGCGCUCGCUCGACCGCGUUGACGGUACCGGUGCGGGGUCGGAACGAGAGGACCGCCUUCCCGCCCAGCGGAGUGGUGCCAUUCCAUGGCUUCACCAUGUACGCGACGCCAUUUUGUUAUCUUUACGACGACCCGGUCCAACUCUACUACAUAUUUCGCGCCUUUUAUAUUCGUUACUGGCACAGACUGCACUACAUUUCAACGCAUCCACAGGGUAUAGUCUCAUUAUGUCUUCUUUACGAGAGGUUACUGGAGGCUCACGAACCUUUGCUGUGGAUACAUUUCCGCAACAUUAAUAUAAAUCCCAUCCGAGUUGUGUUUAAAUGGAUAAUGCGAGCUUUCAGCGGACAUCUGCCGCCGGACCAACUCUUACUUCUCUGGGACUCGAUACUCGGAUACGAUUGUUUGGAAAUUUUACCUCUAUUAGCUGUAGCCAUAUUGAGUUUCAGAAAGGAAAAUAUUUUUCAGGUAAACACGUUACAAAAUGUCGAUGCUGUGCUAGCGGACCUGUCGACCAUAUCGGUCGUACCUUUAUUACAAUUGGCUUUGAUGAAGUCGUAAAUUAAAAUUUUGUCAUAAUUUUUUUUUAAAUUGUGUUCAGAAACGAGUUAUAUACUCUAUAUAAUAAUUUUGGUAAAUGACAUUUUUCGUUUUAGAACUGUCAAUUGUUGAUAAAAACAUUUAGUAGAAACACGUACGAUAGACGAGCCAACUGCAAUGACUUUAAUAGAUUUAAUGUUUUCUCAAAGUGUAAAUAAAACUAUAUGUUUAUAAUGUUAGUGAAUUCAUUUUUAAUGUUAACGAAUUGAUAUUUAUCGUAAAGAUCAAAUUAUGUCGAUGCGUGUGUCCCCACUCACCGUUAUAUAGAUGUAUUGUUUUGUAUAGAGUUUUAUAGCAUUUUUUUGGUUUUGUAAACGAAUUUAUAGUAAUAAAACACGCAUGUUAUGUUCAA